UUAGUGUCCAAACCCAAGUAACAAUUUUUGUUACGCUAGCUUGUUUGUGACUAGUUUGCAACCAGAUAUUUGAGUGAUUGUUACUAACUUCUAACCACUUGCAUGACUCAAAAAGCGCAGUUUCUACUAGUUGUUAAGUCGGCCAAAAAUAUGUUGUCGUUACGUUGUAAUGCCAUACUGAAAUAACUUAUCUUUUCAUAACUUGAAAAUAACUUGUUUCCAAGUAAACUAGUUGAAACUUAGUCACCAUCGACAUUAUAAACAUUGAAUGAAUCCAGAAUACUUUUCUAUCAUCAAUAAAAAAGCAGAAGAGUACUUUAUGUCACAAACUUGAUACAAGGUACAAAUUUCACAAUGAUCCAAAAACUGUCGAGCGGAAUUCAAUUUUACGUAACUGUUUUUUAUGCACCUUCAAUCAAAAUCUGUUUAUAAAGAUAUAAAAAUAAACAACAAAAUAACUCUAUGUUCAGAAUGCUCAAAAUUAUUCCAAGUAGAGUGAUUUCUUAUCAUUUUAAAUUCAUAUAUCAUGAGAACUAUAAUAUUAUCACAAUCGAUGUUCAAUCCCUAUAUUAUUUUCUUCGUGUUUAUGACAGUGAAUAGAACAAAAAUGACUAUUCUACCUUUCACUAUUUUCGGCAAAAAGUAGUUUUGAAAAAAGUAAUAUCCUGGUUUUAUUUACGUUUCAUACACUUCAUGAGACUCCAUAUUGUGUUCGCCAUAUUCAAGCCACCAAAGGUUGUUUUGUUUGCAUUUUAGUUAUCAUAACGUUGGGAAAACCUAUCGAUAACUAUCUGAAUCAAUGAAGAAAUUAUAUGUUAUAAUCUUAUAAUAUCUAUGUUAUUGCUAUAUCAAUUCACAGUAACGAUUCACAUAUACGUUAACGUAUUUAUAAUGGUUUCGCAACGGAUAAUAAGCCUUUUUUCAACUAGUAGCUAAAAACAUAGCUGUGAUUAAAGAUAUGUUAGAAUCAAGUAACGAUAACUUACAAAUGAUAGUUAGCUUAAUGUUUACGUUAUAAAGAAACACUGCUGUCACCUUGUUUCAACCAGUAUAACAUAAAAACAUGUUCGUGCUCUUGUUGCAACACAGUUGGGUUAAGUGAUAUCAAAACUAGUUAUGGGUUGCUACUAUUGAAGUCAAAUAAACUUAUUUUCAACUAGUGGCUAGAAGCAUUGUUGUGAUUAAAAAUAUGUUUGGAUUAAGUAACGAUAGCUUAUAAAUUAUAUUUAAUGCAAUAUGACACAAAGAUGUUAUGAUUGGAAACCUAAAUAACUAUUUCGUAACUAGUUAUGUUAUGAUGAAACAUUGCUGUCACCAUGUUUUAACCAGUAUAACAUAAAACACAUAUUCGUGCUCUUGUUGCAACAUAGUUUGGACUUUGUCGUAUCAGAACUAGUUGCGAAUUGCUACUUGGGAAGGUUCGUAGCCAUGCCAUUUGUCCACAGCUUUGGUAUAUCGGCGGCGAACUAUGUGAAAAGAGUUCCGCUUCGGACUUCUGUCCCAAAAAUUGCAAUUGAAUUUUAUCCAUAUCAGAGUUCCGUUUACGGAGUUACGAGUUGAUGAGUGUAAUAAGGUUCAAAGUAGUAAUUGGAAUUUUCCUAGGUAUAUACCUUAUGUGCGUCUUAGUUCAGUAUCCCAAUGUCAAAAGAUGCAUUCUGUAAAUCGCCACUGUAGAACGAUUACAAUUGCAUUGUGCAUUGAUUGAGGCAUCUCUAUCGUGGAAUGGAAAGCCCUGAGAGAACAGUCGAAAAUCUCAACUCUUGUGUGAUAACCUCCGGUUCAGACUGAGGCACACUCCAUCGUACAAAGGAUCCAUCCGGUGGAUCGUGAGCUCAGUUGUUGACCAACGAUCGCGAUGGACGAAACAGCGUUUAACUCCAGUAGCAUGUACUCCAGCGGAGAGGAAGAAAUGCUGGCCAACGAAGGCCUUCGCCUGAGCCGUUCCACACGGUGGCGAGAACGGAGCCGUCACGUGAGCUACGAACCGGCGAUGUUAUUGUUAUGCUUUGCGAUCGCUUUAUCAGAUACCGAGUUGACUCAUCAGAUUAUCUACCAGACUUGUCGGUUUCAGGGGUUUAGUUUGCGCGACUGCGAACGCCUUGCAGAAAAUCCUAACACACCAGGUGUCGAAGAAAUUGAAGCUUCGGUUAAACUGGCCGUCACUAGUAUUGCAACGGUGAUAGCGGUUAUCAAGUCGGUGAUACCGGCCUUCGGUGCGCUGGUGUUGGGCGCUUGGUCGGACCGUUACGGCAGAAAGCCUGUCGUGAUGAUAGCAUCCUGUGGUUUACUACUGACAUGUUUCAUUCUAACGGGGCUUAAUUUUUUGUCUGCAUUUGUUCAACUUAACCCAUGGUAUUACGUAGUGGCAUACGUUCCGUUCGCUUUACCAGGAGGGAUGGUCAUCGUUGGCGCUGCAGUAUUUGCGUCCGUAGCCGACGUAACGAACGAUCUGAAUUGUACGAUUAGAAUGGGCUUCAUGAAAGCCUCAAUGCUGGCAGGAAGCUUGGCGGGAUCGUUCGCAAGUCGAUACAUUCUGGAAUGGACAAGUGAUACAACUCUUUUCCUGAUUGCGACAAUAAGCCUGUUGAUCGGAUUCAUCUAUGCAGCGCUGUUCGUCGAGGACAGCGUAAUCCCAAGUUUAGACAAUGAGCUGGGAAACAGUUUGCUGGAGGUAUUUUCUAUUCGACCGAUUAGAGACAUUGCCCAAACUGCAUUCCGAAAGCGGGCUCGAUAUGUUUGGUGGAUUCUGUGUUUGGUCAUCGGAUGUAUGGUGCUGGAAGAACUUGCAGCGGGUGGUAACCUCGUGGAAUUCAGUUUCAUUCACCGUAAGUUCAACUGGAACUACCAGCAGUAUAGUUGUUGGCAAGCCAUUGAAAAUGGUCUCAUUAUACUUGCAAAUAUUUUGGGAGUGUGGAUGUUGAAAAUGAUCUUUGACUGCCUCGACACGUUUAUUGCUUUAAUAUCCAUCAUUAGUGCGAUUGUUUGCGUUCUAAUCAAAGCACUCGCUGUGGAAAAUUGGCAACUCUACUUGGCAGGUGGACUAUCAUUUCUGAAAGGCAUGGAAACAAUUGCUCUAUUGUCGGUUUACGCCUACUAUGUGCCGUCGAGUGAAAUUGGCAAGCUUUAUGCGCUUGUUUUCUCGGUAGUCGGUUUGAUACCGUUAGCUUCAGGUCCUGUGUUUGGAUUAAUCUAUGAUAACACUGUGGCCACUAGCCCCGAGUCCUAUGACUAUGCGAUGGCGGGAAUGUACGGGGGAGCGUUCGUACUGAUGGGGUUAUUACAAUGGCUGGUGAAUAGGCGAAACCAACCUGAGUUGCUACUGUGAGAUAAAUAUUCUUGCUGCAUAGAGUUGAGAGAAUUUAAAUCCGGUGAUAUUCUUCAGUGACUGUUCAGAUAUGUACACAAUAUUUAGUUAUGUAUUUACUGGAAUACUAUAAAAAACACGUCAAUGUUUUUGAAAUUGAAAAUACAAUUUGGUCUACAAAAUCUAA